AUGCUCCGACAAACCGCACUCCUCGCCCUCGCCCUCGUGCCCUCCUUGACUUCUGCCCAAGUCAACGAAGGCUUCGAGAGCGGACUCGACACAGCCGCAUGGCCGACGUACGCACCGGACUGCAACCAGGGCGGCAAGAUCACACUGGACAGCUCGACGGCGCACAGCGGGAAGAACUCCGUGAGAGUCGACGGAGCCGGCGGCUACUGCGGCCACAUCUUCUUCGGAACGUCCAAGGUGCCCAGCGGCGACGUGUACGUGCGGACGUGGCUGAAGGCGUCCAAGGCAUUCACCGACUCCCACGUCACCUUCAUCACGAUGCCGGACUCCGCCCAGGGCGCGAAGAAGCACCUGCGAAUUGGCGGCCAGAGCAAGAUCCUCAUGUACAACCGUGAGACUGACGACGCGACUCUGCCUGACCUGUCGCCCAAUGGCAUUGCUGCCUCUAAGGCCAUCCCCGCUGGCUCCUGGCAGUGCUUUGAGUACAAGGUCGGCGCUGAUGGAUCUAUCGAGACGUGGUUGAACGACGCUGCCAUCCCAGGAUUGACCGUCACUUCUGGAACUACGAACCCUAAUGCAGCUCAGUGGACGAGGAGCGGCUCGAAGCCUAAGAUCACGGCGGUCAACUUUGGCUGGGAGUCCUAUGGUGGAGAUGCGAACACCUUCUGGUACGAUGACAUUGUCAUUGCGUCGAAGCGCAUUGGAUGCACGGCGGCGAAUGCCAGCGUUGUUGAGAAGUCGUUCGUUGCAUAG